AUGACGACUGGGGCCCAUGACGACUACUGGGGCCCCAUAACGACUAGGGCCCAUCAGGACUGGGCCCCAAUCCCAAUAAGUCAGAUUGACUGUGGGUUGAAUUUCGCCGAGAACCACGCUAAAAUUUUGGAGAACGAUGGCCUACAGCUCGUGAAGGAGAUGGCGGGAGACGUCACCAACAUGAUGAAGUUUAAGGUGGAGGCGGUGAAGCGCAUCAUGAACGUGGCUGAGGAAGCAUCACUGGACAAGGAAUACCAACAGGAGGAAGAGGUGGAGUAUUACAACGCCAAGAGACUCAACAAAUUCUACCCAGCAGACAGCGCCAGGAAGGGAGAGCUGUUGGAUGGGUACAAGAAACUCACCCUGCUGGAGAACACACACUUCGAUGGCAUCCCUGUCAAUGAGAACUUCUCCUCCGUCCAUGUACCAACUAACGUUUACGACAAGGCUCCGGAUGUUAUCAACGCUAUCAGGUGGUCAGGUCGACUCGAUCGAACAUUCAAGUCAAACUACGAACUGGAUCCGACACUUUCCUGGCAGUACUUUGGGUCCUCUACUGGCUUCCUCAGACAGUACCCUGCAUCGGAGUGGGUUAUGGACGAGAAGGACCCUGACCUAUAUGAUGCUCGUCUUAGAUCCUGGUAUAUCGAAGCAGCCAACAGCCCAAAGGAUAUGGUGAUCCUACUUGACGUCUCCGGUGAGAUCGAUGACGGACUAAGAGGAAUCGCUAAACACGUGGUCUUGAACAUCUUAGAGACACUCAAUGAGAAUGAUUUCGUCAACGUGUUUAACUUCAGCCUUAAGACAGUCGAGCUGGUCCCUGUUUUGAGACACAUUGGUCAGAGUUCGUCUUAUCAGGGGUGUAGUGUUUGUAUACGUGUGGUGUUUGUGUACGCUAAUCUGGAGAACCUGGGAGAGUUUAAGAAGGCGCUCAACUUCGGGGAGACGAAAGACAUUGCCAAUUUCACACAGGCAUUAACCCAAGCCUUCGAACUCCUCCAACGGUCCAACAGUAAGUAUAACAAGAGCGGUCAGGGGUCACAGUGUAACCAGGCCAUCAUGGUGGUGACCGACGGCGCUCCUUAUAACUACGAGGAGAUCUUCGAGAAGUACAACUGGCCGCACCUACAAGUCCGGAUGUUUACCUACCUCAUCGGCCGGGAGGAAAACAAGGUCCGCUACCUCAACUGGAUGGCGUGUGCUAACAAAGGUUACUUUGUGCACGUGACGACCUUAGCAGAGGUAAGAGAACAGGUGCUCAAGUACAUACCUGUGAUGGCUCGGCCGAUGGUGAUGUACCAGUCCAAUCAUCCUCACAGGUGGACGGGAGUGUACGCCGAUAUUGCGGACCCAAAACAAACCGAGUGGCUGUGGGAAGUUCGUGAAAGAAAACGGCAGAUGGACCGCACUAAACUCUGGAGAAAACUUAAGACACUGGUAAAUAACAAAGAUACCGGACACUUUCACCCUCGCCAUCUAGACGAUCCCGUGGAACUUGAGAAAUACCUAAAAUACGGAAAGUUUGGACUCUCCAACCUGGACAUUGCCCGUAUUAAGGCAGAGAGAGCGAGAUCAAUCAGGACAGACUACCGUCGUAUAUACCAUAAGGGAAAAUGGACUUUAAUGAUCGGUCGCCGAGGAGCACCUGGGCUGAGGGAAGGUUACAGGCUCAUGACAUCUGUCUCUGUACCUGUGUUUGACCGCAAGAAGACUUCUAACAUCACGGAGAGAAUAUUGCUCAAUGAGUCCGUUUGGGUGAUGAGGAAAAGAGAGGUGAGAACAGCGAACUUGUUGGGCGUAGCAGGUACCGACGUCCCCAUCCGUGAGAUUGAGAAGCUCGUCCCCCCCUACAAGCUUGGCGUCAACGGCUACUCCUUUAUGGUAAACAGAAACGGCUAUGUGCUUUACCAUCCCGAUCUACGCCCAGUGCACGAAGAAGCAAAUGCUGAGGUACUGAGGAAGUCACGUGACAAGCGUAAAUGGUUCCAAGACAUACUGAAGCCAAACUACAACAGUGUGGACUUUGCUGAGGUCGAACUGACAGACAACGAGGCAGGUCCUCGUGCCAACAACUCCGACCUCCUAGCGCUGACAAUGUGGAGAGAUUACAAUAGCAAGCUUCGUCGUGAGUUGAUUGAGCAGCGCGAUGUUGAGGCUAUGCAUGCUGUUAAGAUUCACCUGGACGGCAUGAAACGCGUUGUUCAGAGGGAGCAGUGGUAUUAUACACAGAUGAUUGGUGGAACGCCCUUCAGUCUGGGGAUUGCCUUACCUGAAUCCUAUGGCAAAUAUAAAGUACACGGACAGAUAGAACUUACCAGGGAAAUUCAAGAUCCACGGACCAAUAAGGAGAUUAUGGAUCACUUUGCCUCUGGUAACUGGACUCUGCACCCUGAUUGGGUGUAUUGCGAGUACAAGUAUGACCAGAACAGAGUCUUCCAGAGCCCUGAGGAUCUUAUGAAAGACUUCCUGUCCCGUGCCCAGAAACCACACUGGAAGUGGCGCUCCACCCGUACCCGCCCCCCUCCUGAGCCAACCAUGAACCAGGCACAGUACAAUACCUGGAAGCCCGUUGUGGAAGACGAUAGGAGUGAGAAUUAUUAUUGUGACAAGGACUUGGUACAAAGCCUUCUGUUCGACGCCAGAGCUACCAACGUAUAUGAAAACAAAGGCGAUGUUGAGGAUUUGAUUGAAGGAAAAAACCCAGUGGCGAUUUACAUAACGCUCUUGUACAGUCAAGUACAAUAUAACUUCGGAAUGACGACUGCGUUUGUGGCUACCCGGAGCGGCCUUACGAGAUGGUUGGAUCUUACUCAAGCAAACCCUGGAGAAGAGAAUGCACACAAUAUUCACUCUGAUGAACCGCACUUCAUGAAGAUCCACAACCGAGCCAUAGAUGAGGUGUGGUAUAAGAGAGCUGUCGACUACUAUGAAGAAGACUCUAAGGCUUACGUUUACUCAGUUCCUUUCGAUGCUGCGACCCGUGACCCAGAGGACGUGUUGGUGACGGCUACUCGUGCUAUAUUCAUUGAAGAAAACACAUAUCGUAGGGCCCCAGCUGCUGUGGUCGGUGUUACCAUCAAACACAGCAAGUUUGUUGAGUACUUUAAGAACGAGACGUAUAAGUGUCCAUCAUACCCAUCUCGAGACUCUAGCUGCAAGACUGCCAAGACAUGUGAAAGCACCUCCUUAGACUGUUACCUUCUGGACGACAAUGGCUUCAUCAUCGCUUCUGAGAGGGAGGAAGACACGGGCAAGUUUUUCGGCACGCUAGAAGGAACUAUCAUAGAGUCGUUAGUGUCGAGUGGUGUAUAUAAGAGAAUCAGGAUUUUCGACUAUCAGGCCGUGUGUCUCGAUAGUCAGGUGAGAUCAAGUAUGGCUUCUAUACUACAUACGCCGAUACAAAUGAUGAGAUGGGCAGCGAAUUGGAUAAUGGGUAAUAUCUUCUGGCUGAUGGUAAAGACACAGCUGUACACACUCCUGGACCCUAACGCUGCAUGGUCCUACACACACAGCGAGAGAGAGACCCAGUACCCUAACUUCAAUGAGCCGCCAUCACCUCCUCCUGAACAUCCCGAGUAUAAAGAAGCCAAUUCAGACCAUCAGAGGAAUGAGACUGAAGAUGGCGUGGAGGAGGAAGAUAUUUUGGCUGAGUACUCUGACGUCCUGGAUGCAAUAUAUUACGAUGUUGACGGUGUUCACCCUGAUGACCAAAUGCCCCCAGACUACGAAGGUCCAUACAUUGAAGAAGAUGGUGACUUUCCCAGCAUAUCGACCACUGAAAUCCCUGAACUUACCACUACUACAGAAAUACCUAUUGAAAUGGCGAGGAUUAACAAAACACACCCACGACCUUGUGAUAAAGAAGUUUACUUAUACAAACUACAGAAUGAAAAUCUACUACAAAAUGGCGAAUAUAAACCACUUAAGGCGAAGCUGUCCAAUUGUCAUACUAACGGCUGCGGCAGGCCCUUCAGCGUACAGAAGGUGAUCUCAACCAACCUGAUCCUCGUGGCUGUCAACAACUUAUGUCCUUGUGAGUCGAGGAAGGUGGAUAUUGAACCGGUAGAGGUGGAUUACAACGAGACGAUGCACUGUAACCGACUCCUUCUUCAACACUUCCGGAAACGGCCCGAGAAAUGUAUCAAUUAUCACCCUGAGGAACAUGAGAUUACGCUGUGUGGUGGUGCAGGAGCUCUUAGUGUACCUUCCCUGGCUCUAGCUACACUACUCCUGUUGGCACACACCUUCAACACCCAGCGUCUUAGGUCGUGAUAGUUGGGGCAAGUCUGAAUAGUGAAGAAAACGCAGCCAUGAAAAAGAAAACAAAGCAUAAACAAUAACAAAAUGGAAAUCAAGUGAAGUUCUUUAUUUUCAUCUGUCUCUCAUUAUGAAUUUAUCUUAUUAUUAUUUUUUUGAAACUAUAUAAUCAUUGGUCUAUAUUGUGAUCAAGGAGAAGGAAACGAAGAGAGAAAGAAAGAAAGAGUAAGAGAGAAAGACGAAGAGAAAGAGAAAGAUAUAGAGAAAGAGAAAGAGAAAGAUAUGCAGAAAGA